AUGAAAUUAACUGAAAACCAAACUCUUCUGUUUGUUUCUUUGUAUAGAGAACAUGUGUGUCUGUGGGAUAUCACUUCAGAAUUUUAUAAACACAAAGGCAUGCGCCAAUCCGCCCUGCAAAAAAUUUGUGAGGGUAUGCAAAUAGAAGGUUUUACUGUAGAAGAUGUAAAAAAUAAAAUAAAAAGUAUGCGAUCUACAUACUACCUUGAACUGGACAAGAUUAAAAAAUCCUCCACUUCUGGUGCUAGUGGUGAUGUUUACCAGCCGAAGAUAAAAUGGUUCGCCGAGUUCAAUUCAUUUAUAAGAAAUGCAAUGGUGAAAAGAAAAGUACAGGAAAAUACAGAAUCUCAAUCUAGAGUGCGGGCUGAUGACGAUCCCUCCGCUUUUGCACCAGAAACUCCUACACCAGAAACUCCUACACCGGAAACUCCUACACCGGAAACUUCUGCACCGGAACCACGAAAGAAGAAGUCUAGAUUAACAGAGUUAUCUGCAAUUGUCAAAAACAUGAAGGAGAUCAAAAAUGACUUCUCCAACUCAGAAAGAGAGGAAGAUGAAUUUGAUAUCUUUGGAAAAUACAUUGCAACGCAAUUAAGAAAACUUUCCACAGAACAGGCUAUCCUAGGCCAAGAAGAAAUACAAAAAGUGGUAACAAAAUGUAGACUGAACGAUUUGAGAUUUAGUAAUACGAGUUAUUCUCACAUACUACAAGCGCCUGGUCCAAGUUCUAAUACAUUUUCAAUGAGUCCAGCAUCUACUACAGACACCCAAGCCACUGAUGAUUCACUUAAUUUAUUGUGUGAAGAUACAGAAUACGCCAAUAUUAUUAUGAAUGCUUUCAAUCAAGCUUAAAUGUGAAAUAGUGUUAAGUAUGAGGAAAUUAUAAUAAAGAAAAUUAGUUACCUUGA